CUUUUGUAGAAAAGGCUAGACUAAGGCAUAUUCGGACGGUAGUCGUCUAAGAAGCAAGAAACAUGGCACCUACAGCUAUAAAUCUCGCAUUUCUUCUCAAUAUAGUAUUUUUACUUGUUGUUACGAACAUCCAACCAUCAUUGUCUGGCGAAUACUCGGGCAUUCUUUCGAAUCUGUAUAGGCAAGCCGCCGAACAGAACCGCCCACUGGUACUCGUUCUUGACAACAGUGCGAAUCGGAACUCAAACAACAAGGAAUCGGAUUAUCGCUCCAACUCAAAUUCUAACAGCUACAGUUCUAAUUCUAACAGAUACAAUUCCAAUUCCAAUAGUAACAGAAAUAGUUUGAGCAGUGGAAACCGCAACGAUGAUUCUUCAAACUCAUUGGUAUACCUCCUCGAGUUGGCACAACAGGUCUCCAACAGAAACGAUCGAGACAGCAACAAUAAGGGUGACAGUAACUCCAAUAGCAACAACAGACUAAACAGUGACUACAGGAGCAACAACAGAAAUGACAAUGACUACAAUAACAACAACAGGAAUGACAAUGACUACAAUAACAACAACAGGAAUGACAAUAACAACAACAACAACAACAACAACAGGAAUGACAAUAACAACAACAACAACAGGAAUUACAAUAACAACAACAACAACAGGAAUGACAAUAACUACAACAACAGGAAUGACAAUAACAACAACAGGGAUGACAGCAACUCCAAUAAUAACAACAGACUAAACAGAAACUACAGGAGCAACAGUAGGAGUAAUAGCAACUACAAUAACAACAACAGGAACGACAAUUACAACAACAAGAACGAAAAUUACAACAACAGGAACGACUAUUACAACAACAAGAACGACAAUUACAACAACAGGAACGACUAUUACAACAACAAGAACGACUAUUACAACAACAAGAACGACUAUUACAACAACAAGAACGACUAUUACAACAACAGGAACGACAAUUACAACAGGGAUGACAAUAAUUACAAUAACAACAACAGAGAUAACAGUUAUUCUUAUAGUAACAACAGAAUAAACAGUAACUACAGGAGCAACAGUAGGAGUAAUAGCAACUACAAUUACAACAACAAGAACGACAAUUACAACAACAGGAACGACUAUUACAACAACAAGAACGACAAUUACAACAACAGGAACGACAAUUACAACAACAGGAACGACAAUUACAACAACAGGAACGACAAUUACAACAACAAGAACGACUAUUACAACAACAGGAACGACUAUUACAACAGGGAUGACAAUAAUUACAAUAACAACAACAGAGAUAACAGUUAUUCUAAUAGUAACAACAGAAUAAACAGUAACUACAGGAGCAACAGUAGGAGUAAUAGCAACUACAAUUACAACAACAAGAACGACAAUUACAACAACAAGAACGACUAUUACAACAACAGGAACGAUAAUUACAACAACAAGAACGACAAUUACAACAACAGGAACGACAAUUACAACAACAGGAACGACAAUUACAACAACAGGAACGACUAUUACAACAACAAGAACGACUAUUACAACAACAGGAACGACAAUUACAACAGGGAUGACAAUAAUUACAAUAACAACAACAGAGAUAACAGUUAUUCUAAUAGUAACAACAGACUAAACAGUAACUACAGGAGCAACAGUAGGAGUAAUAGCAACUACAAUUACAACAACAAGAACGACAAUUACAACAACAAGAACGAAAAUUACAACAACAGAAACGACAAUUACAACAACAAGAACGACAAUUACAACAACAAGAACGACAAUUACAACAACAAGAACGACUAUUACAACAACAGGAACGACAAUUACAACAACAGGAACGACAAUAAUUACAAUAACAACAACAGAGAUAACAGUAAUUCUAAUAGUAACAACAGGGCAGUCAGUAACUACAAUAACAACAACAAUGACUACAAUAAUAGAGGUGACAGCAACAACAAUAAUAACAACAGGAGUGACAGUGACUACUAUAGUAACAACAGGAGUGAUAAUGACUACAACAGCAACAGUAACUCCAAUAGAAACAACAGGAAUGACAAUAACAACAACAACAAUUACUACAAUAGAGGAAACAACAACUACUAAAGACCGGAUUAUAUGCAUCAUAAAAUGUGUCAAAAAAUGUAUCAUUAAAUAUUUGAAAAAUA